AUAACCAACUGCAACCAGGCCAUGGAAGGAUCACUGAACACUGCCUGAAGACAGUCAUGGGCUGGAAUUGAUGAAGGCAAACAAACUGAAAUUGUACCCAAGCCUUGUUGGUGGAGAGGAAACCCAGAUCUGGGGACUGAAAGAGCAGGCCUGCAACUUGGAUGUGCUCCUUCAACCUCACCUGGAUUCGCUGGACUACCAGAAAGGUCGGUGGGGAAUCAUCGCUUGAACACGAGUAUAGAGAGCAGCCAUGAUCAAUCUAAGCACCUGUUCUUCCCACGAUCCCAGUCCAGAGAGGAGAAACCAUUACGAGACCCCAGCCCUCUCCGAAUUGCAGAGACUGAUAUGGACCAGAGGAGGGUCUGACAAUCACGUGGACCAAGUGUGGCCCAACCUCUACCUUGGAGAUGCAUGGGCAGCAAGAAGUAAAUCCGUUCUUCAGAGCGUUGGCAUCACUCACAUCCUUAACGCAGCCGACGGGCCCUACAACAUAAACACUGGAGUCCGCUAUUACCGGGACCUGCCGAUUCAGUACUACGGAGUGCAAGCUUUUGACGGCAACUCGUUCGACAUAAGCGUCUUCUUCCACGAGGCUGCUGAUUUCAUACACAAGGCCUUAAAUACUGCAGGAGGCAAGGUCUUUGUCCACUGUGCGAUUGGGCUAAGUCGUUCGGCCACUUUAGUGUUGGCAUACUUGAUGAUCCACGAAAACCUGACACUUGUGGAAGCCUUGAAGUCAGUGGACUCUCACAGAGGCAUCUGUCCAAACACUGGAUUCCUCAGCCAGCUGCGAGCCUUGGACAUCAAAUUAAACAACGAAAAGAGAGAGAGAGAGAUAAAACUAAUGGGACAGGGGACUGAAUAGAUCCUCAAAUAUAGGAAUUCUGCAGAAUUGAUGAUUUCAUUUGGAAUGAUUCAAUCACCUUUUACUGAGAAAGAAGACCAAACUCAUGACAAUUGGCAAAACAACCAGCCUUAGAAUUAACAAGUGACUGGAAUGGUGGAGAGCUUCUGCCUUUCGGGAUCAACCAUCAGCAGUAAAGGAAGAAGCAGAGAGGAAAUGCACCACAGACACUAGCAUUUGAUAGAGAGACGUGAAUAUCUUUGGAAAAGAUAUUCAGAUGCUUCUUUACCUACAAAGAUCCGAACAAUGCAAGGGAGCACGGUAUCCCCUGUGAUAUUCUGUGGAAAGGAAAGUUGGGCUUUUUAAAAAGCAGGAUAGAAAGAGCAUCCACAGCUUUGGGCUUUAGUAUAGGAGGCUACUCCUCAGACUAUCGUGGACAACCGAGACAACAAACAAA